AUGGCGGACGGGGGCGUGGAUAUAGAUUUAUACGCUGAUGAUAUUGAAUCUGAUUUCAAUAGACAGGAUGAGUUCGGAGGUGAAAAUGUAGAUCUAUACGACGACGUGAUUGCUGCUCCAGCACCGAAGCCUGAGGAUGCGGAUGGCCCUCCAAACUCUUCUGCACCGCAGCACUCACAUCCACCGGAGGAGACUAACGGCAACGCACCCUAUCACAAUAAUGCACCAAGCCACCAUCAUGGCCGCCGUUUCCAACUUUACGUUGGCAACCUCACAUGGUGGGCGACAGAUCAAGACAUUGCAAACGCCAUUGCAGAUAUUGGCGUGACCGAUUUCCAAGACGUGAAGUUCUUCGAGAACAGGGCAAAUGGACAAUCGAAAGGCUUCUGUGUUAUUUCACUCGGUUCCGACCAGUCAAUUAGGAUGGUCAUGGACCGUCUGCCCAAGAAAGAGAUACAUGGACAGCAUCCCGUCGUCACACUGCCCACCAAACAGGCCCUGAAUCAAUUUGAGAGUCAGUCGAAGACUCGGUCUACUCCACCAGGACCUAAUAAUCCAGGGAUGAGAGGGCCUCAUCCAAGUGGCCCACCUGGCCCGCAUCCAGGAGAAUUUUUUGGAGGUGGGCCAAAUGGACCUGGGCCGAAUGGACCAAGAAUGAUGAUGGCGGGUCCUGGGCCACAUCAUCAGAUGCGUGGUCCUCCACCGGGUCCUCACGGCCCGCAUGGACCUCAUCACUUACAGCAGCAUCAGGGACCACCUCCCCAUCACAUGCAACACCAAGGACCUCCCCCACAUCAAGGUCCCCCACCACAUCGGCCUCCAAUGCAGUUCCAGGGUGGACCGCAGAUGCAGCGUGCAGGCGGACCGCGUGCAGGUCCCGAGUGGGCGCCGCGCGGCCCGCCGCACCACAUGCAGCCCGCGCCCGCGCCGCAGUACGGCCCUCCGCAGCACCAAAUGCCGCACCAGAUGCCGCCGCCUCACGCGCAGCCACCUGGGCAGGGUUUGCCACCACCACAUCACCAAUUGCCACCGCAUCAAGCAGGUCCGCCGCGUGGGCCCACACCGUUGCCGCAACAUCCAGACGGGUUUCCGGUGGGCGUGGGGCCGGGCGCGCCGGCGCCGCACGUGAACCCGGCGUUCUUCAGCCAGCAGCCGCCCGCGCAGCCCGCGCCCGGCGUGCAGCCGCCGCCGCAGCCGCAAGUGCAAGGUCCAGGUGCGCCAUAUGGUCACCCACCACAUGGAGCGCCGCCUCCAAAUCAAGGCCCACCACCUCCAGGGGCUAGGCAACCUUAUGGAAGACCUCCACAGAGCUACGGCGGCGGCGGAGAGCCGCGCGCGCACCACGCGGCGCCGCCGCUGGCGCACGGCGCGCACUCGGCGCACGCAGCGCUGGCGCACGCGCCGCACGCGCACGUGCCGCACGCGCACGCGCCGCUGCCCGCCAUCAGCGAGGCGGAGUUCGAGGAGGUGAUGGGCCGCAACCGCACCGUGUCCUCCAGCGCAAUCGCGCGCGCCGUAAGCGACGCCGCCGCCGGCGAAUACGCCUCCGCCAUCGAGACGCUCGUCACCGCCAUAUCGCUCAUCAAGCAGAGCAAGGUCGCACACGACGACCGGUGCAAGAUCCUGAUCUCAUCGCUGCAGGACACACUGCACGGCGUGGAGACGAAGUCAUACGGUGGCGAACGGCGGCGCUCGCGAUCGCGAGAGCGUGACGCGCGCUCGCACCACCGCGCGCCGCGCCGCCGCGACCGCUCCGCCUCUCGCUACCGUGACCGCAGCCGAGACCGCGACGACCGUGACAGAUACUACAGGGACUACCGUGAACGUGAACGUGAUCGCUCCAGGUCACGUGAUAGAGAUCGUGCCGACCAUUACAAUAGAGGACAUAGUCGUGAGGAAAGGCCACGAAAAUCGCCUGUGGAGCCGACCGCUGAGAGUGGUGCAGGCGAUGCCAGCGUAACCAAGAGCCGGUCUGCUACCGCACCGUACUACGAAGAGCGGUACCGCGAGCGCAGAGACCGCGACCCACCGCCGGCAGACCGAGACCGAGACCGCGACCGGGAUCAUCGCCGCGACGCACGUCACUAG